UCAAUACAUCACCGACUCAAAAAAAAAAAACACAACAUUUUCGCUACAAGCUUCGCUCAUUUUCUCUCACCUGUUCCUCAGAGAGAGAUGGAAGAAGGCGAUGGGAAGGAAUCACCCACCAAUUCACAACAGACUGUUUCUGAUGAUGAUGAGAUAGACUACACAACCAAACCAGAGUUCUAUGAUCCAGAUCUUGAUGAUAAGGAUGAAAAAUGGGUUCAAAAGAAAAGACAACAGUGUGGCUCUGAUGCUGUGCUUAGCUGCCCUGCUUGCUUCACCAUUCUAUGCCUACAAUGUCAAAGGCAUGAAAAAUAUGUGACACGGUACAGAGCCGUAUUCGCUGUAAACUGCAAGAUUAAUGAUGAUAAUAUUUUGAUGGAAGAUACUCCUAGAUCAAGAAAAAGAAACAGAGGAGGGGCCGGAAGAUCGGAUGGGCAGGAAGCAACUUCUGCCAACAAUGAAACAUUCAAACAGGUUUGCUGCUCAGUUUGCUCAACGGAGGUAGGCGUGAUCGACGAAGAUGAGGUUUAUCAUUUCUUCAACGUUCUCCCAAGUGAAUCCUGACUGACUCAGAUUUAUGGUUAAAUACCGUCGGCCAAAUUAAACAUGCUGCUGGUUGCUGAGUUUCACUUCCUUGCAAAAUUUCAACCAAAAACCAAUUGAUCUCGCUGUAUCUAUCUGUUUUUAGAUAUAAGAAAACAUCAUUUCUUCACUUUGAAUCUUUCACCCUCAUAACCAUUUUAAGGUCGCUGUCAAGUGCCAGGUGGUGUAGUUAGUGGAGGAAUAUUAUGAUCUAUGAUGCUCAAUUCCUUGUGAAGGAGAUCUUCUUCCUUGAAAUAAAGCUUCCUUUCCAAUACCUUUGUGAA